AUGACGGGAAACAUCGUGCCAAAAAUGUCUGCCGAUUCUAUCCCUAUAUCCGGUCUCGACGAGCUCGUCAAGCACCUCGAUGACCUCGUCGAAGCCCCCGAGACGCCCCUCCAACCGAAGCUCCUGGAUGACGUCGAGCUCCAGCUGACGGAAUCAAACAUUCCGCCGCUACUCCCAAACCUGCUCCCAAAAUUGACGACAAUCCUCAAAACGACCCCCCACGAUCCCUCCCCCAUCGUCUCCCUGACGAUCAAACUCCUCUCCCCCGUCCCUUUCACUCAGACGCUCCAACUGGCAGACGAGGCCUCCCUCAUAACCGCUCUCCGCUCCCCAGCCGCCUCCGCGAACCUCCUCGCCCUCGCCAUCCUCGAAAAGGCAGCCGCGGCCCCCUCCGAUGCCGCAAUCCUCUCCCUCAUGCCCCGCGUCGUCGAGGAGCUUCUGAGAAGAUGGCUCUCCGCCCCGCAAGUCGAAGUCGGCGAGAAGGCCUCCCGAGUGCUCGGCGACGUGCUAGAGACAGACUGCGAGCUCCCGCCGCCCAGCGCAUUGCCGAACCUGGGAUCCGAGGUAGUCAGGAGACGGGCUCCGGGACAAGGACGCAUGUGGCGGCGUAUUUUCCACGAUAAAGAAAUGUUCGGCCUUGUCCUAUCCCUCGCCAAGGGCCAGGACCCGGCCGAGGAAGAAAAGUUGUCCGAACACCAGCUCUCCCUGGCGCAGGGCCGCAUCCUCCGAAUUCUCCCGCGCCUGGCCUCGCUUAACAUUGUCGAGAUAAGCACGUCGCAGUUCCCUGACCUUACAGGGUCUAACGAGGUCGGGCUGUUGCAGCUCGCCGCGUUAAAGAUGGUGGAUAUGUCGGACACGCUGAUGCACCUGAGUCUGAUUGACUUUUUCGAGACGCUGGUCUCAGUCAUGCGGGUGGCGGAGCAGUCGCACCGCACGAUGGGCAUUCUCAGGGACUUGGUGAGGCAAGCGACGAAGGACGACGACAUGCUCAAGUCGGCGCUGUUGAGCUUGCCGGAUCGGACGGUGCCGGAGGAGGAGGAGCAGUUGAGAACCUUCAUUCGGGACGUCAUGUCGGCGAGGGGUUAG